AGUAUUGCAUGCUUAAUAAAUCAUCCCUUCGACGACGACAAGGCUAUGGCGUCAUGUUGAGAUCUCUAUCUCAAAUAAGAGGAUAUUUCAGAUGAAAGGUAGGUUUUCGUUAGAUAAACAGGUAAGUGGAAAUGUCAGGUAAAUGUACGCCUUCGUUAAAUAGAUAUAAAGUUAAUUACUCGAUGAUAUUUUAGAUGAGAGGAAGGUCUUCGUGAGCUAGACGUGAAAAGUAAUGUUCCGCUAAAUGGAGAUUUGACCAAUGUCAUACAUUAACAGAUAUUAUAUGACUUUUGCAUAAGAUAUGUCAAUUCACAAAUUGUAAGAAAAUGUCUGAGAAUGCACUGCUAACUAUAUUGACAGUGUAUAUUUUCUUAAAAACAAGUAAUUCCUAGUUUUGAUAUAAUACUGGUGUAUACAGGGUCCCAACUCUUCAAUAUAGGUCACAUAUAAUACUGGUGUGUACAGGGUUACAACACUUCAAUAUAGGUCACAUAUAAUACUGGUGUAUACAGGGUCCCAACUCUUCAAUAUAGGUAACAUAUAAUACUGGUGUAUACAGGGUCCCAACUCUUCAAUAUAGGUAACAUAUAAUACUGGUGUAUACAGGGUCCCAACUCUUCAAUAUAGGUCACAUAUAAUACUGGUGUAUACAGGGUCCCAACUCUUCAAUAUAGGUCACAUAUAAUACUGGUGUAUACAGGGUCCCAACUCUUCAAUAUAGGUCACAUAUAAUACUGGUGUAUACAGGGUCCCAACUCUUCAAUAUAGGUCACAUAUAAUACUGGUGUGUACAGGGUUACAACACUUCAAUAUAGGUCACAUAUAAUACUGGUGUAUACAGGGUCCCAACUCUUCAAUAUAGGUAACAUAUAAUACUGGUGUAUACAGGGUCCCAACUCUUCAAUAUAGGUAACAUAUAAUACUGGUGUAUACAGGGUCCCAACUCUUCAAUAUAGGUAACAUAUAAUACUGGUGUAUACAGGGUCCCAACUCUUCAAUAUAGGUAACAUAUAAUACUGGUGUAUACAGGGUCCCAACUCUUCAAUAUAGGUCACAUAUAAUACUGGUGUAUACAGGGUCCCAACUCUUCAAUAUAGGUAACAUAUAAUACUGGUGUAUACAGGGUCCCAACUCUUCAAUAUAGGUAACAUAUAAUACUGGUGUAUACAGGGUCCCAACUCUUCAAUAUAGGUCACAUAUAAUACUGGUGUAUACAGGGUCCCAACUCUUCAAUAUAGGUCACUUAUAAUACUGGUACAUGCAGGGUCCCAACUCUUCAAUAUAGGUCACUUAUAAUACUGGUGUAUAUUCAGGGUCCCAACUCUUCAAUUUAGGUUUAUUUAUUUUACAACAAUUCCGAAACAAGAUAUAUCAACUUAUAUCAAUCAUUCGUGGAUUGAACACCUCGUUUGAAAUCGGAUACUCUAACAUUGUAGGCCGUUAUGUUAAGAAGAAGAUGGAUGUUGUUGAUGGUUUUGGGAGCAGUAUGCCUUUUCGUCACCUACAGAAACAUUCAGUCCCGCUCUACGAAUGCAGAGUCGCUCAGCUACGAGAAAUAUGGACGAGGUACUAAGGAACAAUCUAUUGUUAUGGGAUUAUCACAUACAAUGUUGGAACAGAAACAGUUCAUUUCACCCUCCAGUACAGAACAGAUAGACAGUUAUCUUCAGAUGAAUGUAACAAACGCCAGCCGUUUUCUGUCACCACAACUGACAAAGGUAACAAUUUUACCACACAAGGUUCCUCUUCGAGUCGGGGAUAGUUUGAGGAUGAAUAUUCGCCUGUUCUAUACUGACGGUGAACCUAUGAAUACCGGCGGUGACUACCUCAGGAUAUGGUUAAGGGAGCCCGACCUAAAGGCAAAUGCAAAUGGCUACGUCACAGAUCAUGGGAAUGGGACGUAUACUGGAGUAGUACUGUUACCAUGGAAAGGUCAUCCACAGGUCAUAGUGACGAUAGCUAACUCACGGCAUCAUGUAGCACUUAUCAUGAAGUAUGUGAAUCAACACGGCUUGUUGCAAAUGAUGGCGUCACAAUUUAUAGACUCAAGUGGUGAGCAUAAAGAGGAAACACAAUGUAGCCCCAAACAUGACGCCAUUCUUGCAGAAUGUACGCUCGAGGAGAGAUGUAACCUGACUAUGCGUAAUUACGGGUUACCAUGGUUUUGCUGCAAACCAAGGUCUGCUUUUAUCAAUUGCGAUGACAUCAAAACUGUGAAAUCUAAUAAAACAACAAUGAUACAUGAUCUCACUAGACGGAUUUCAAGAGAACAAAAGCACAUAAGAAUAUCGGCGUUCCAGACUCGGGUAGAAGAAGAUGGGAACAACUUUACGAUCCUGUCUUCACCGCCACGUCCAUGUGGAGAGUGUACACCGAAAGUCACGUGGACUCAUAUACAACCAGUAGGAUAUUACUAUAACAACGUCUGGGUAAACCGAUUGUGUAAAUUUGAAACUAGUAACGUGACCUGUUUAAGAAACAAGAGAUUUGUACUGUUAGGGGAUUCCAACAGUCGAAGUAUAUAUUCUGAGUUGUGUUCUAUGUCUAAAUCCACAACACUUACGGCGCAUUAUACAAAGGAAAAGCCUUGGCAUAAACUGUUAAUGGCACGGAACACGGAAUUAAAUAUAGACCUAAUGUGGGCUCCUCAUAACCCGCCAUUUUAUGUAGGUCCGCACCAGCCUCUGGAAACAAUGCGAUCAGUUGGAAACUGGUUGGACAGGACACCUCAUGAUAAACCUCUAGUAGUCAUCAUACAUCUGUAUUAUCAUCUCACGAGGACGACAUUGUCUGUGUUUCGCGCCAUGGUCAAGGACGCGCGUGCUGGUGUUGAUCGUCUGCUCGCACGAGCUCCCGACUCCAAAGUGUUUAUACAGGGUCCCCAUUCAAUAACAUAUAAAGAUGUUUUGGAACCCAUUGACUACCUACGGCAGCGUCAUGAAGAAAUCUGGUUUCUGGAAUUCAUGGGAAUCCAUGAUAAAAUCUUCUAUAUUCCUAAUUGGGAUCGUACGGCAGGAAACGAAAAUGUCAACACACACCCUUUUACGAAAACAAUGGCAGACGUAACAGAGGAAAUUUUGUCUUUUAUAUGUCGGCAGAGGUCUUGAUGUAGUCCUUAAUGUUGCAUUAUCAUACCUAGGGAUUAGUUUUUAUUCCAGUAACAUUUGAUGAAUCAUUUAUUGUACAAGUAGUUAUUGAAAACAAUUUCUAUACACGCUUUUUGGAGAGAAGAGUCAAUUUUUAUUGUUUCAAAUUUUCUUAGGAUUAUUCUUACCAUCUGACCGAUGAGCUGGGAUUUUGCUGCACCUAAAUUUUAACAAAGACUAAAACCGGACCUAAUUUGCUACUGACCUAAAUUCAGAUGUUGGGGCAAGCAAAUGAUUUCAGUGCACGGACUUAUCAUGGCUCGCUGGGGUUACCAUUCCUGGCCAGGUAAGUUGCGAAGUCAUAUCAUAAUCCGGGAACAAGAUAUGACGGUACACCCAUAACAAAACAAGGUAUUAAACGAACUGAUUUUGAUUCUUAGCCUGAUCCUGCAUUUGAACAGGACCCUAAGAUACCCUAUGACAUUGAUCGUUCUGACUCAUUGUCCCCCAUUAUCCCCUUAAGUCCAGGUGUCUUAGACGAUCUGAUUCAGGCACUCACCCAACCUGUGAGUGACUUGGUGGUCUUUAUUAUCAUAAAAAUUCGACCUUCCCGGCUUAAGCCCCAAAUUGAGGAGGUUGUUUCUGAAGUUCUGGCGAACGAUGAUAAAAUUGAAUAAUGUAUUAAAUAAAAUCGGAAAUGAAAUAUAAGAUUACACACCAAGACUUCGAAAUCCAAGUCUUGCAUGGAAAAAUUGAUAGUAUUUUUUCAAGACAGUGUAAACCAAUAUACAAUCUUGGACGAGCACGAGCAAUAUUUCAGGAAAACCUGCCUAAAAUAUGUAAAUGCCCCCGUCCUCUGUGGCCAGGACAUCAGAAACUUCAACCCUUUAGAAGCAGGACUCUCAAAAAAAUUUGAAUCAUUACACUCAUAAUCAUCUAUGUAUGAAUGCUCUAUUGCAGGGUUUUGAAGUUGCAAUGAUAUACAAAACAGAUAUAUCACAAUUAUCAAGUUUUAUAUUGCAAUCAAAUAUGUUUCAUAUAAAGAUUCUGAUUCUUACUCUUGUAAAAACAUGUACAUUUUUUUUGCAUUGUCAAGUUAUAUGCAUAUCAUUAUGCUAUCUACUGAGUAACGUCCCCUGUUGGACUACAAUGAUAUAUCAGUACACAGUAUACCUGAUGUAAUAUUCAAUAUGCAAUACUCUAAUGGGUAUAUACUUCUUCCCUUUUCGUUAAGUAAUUUUAUCACUUUACUUGUUUUAUACCUACUCAAUGGAAUUGGCUUUUGGUAGCUUAGAUAAUUAUUGUUAUUAUUCUGUUUCAUUUGUGUGUUUGUGUUUGUUUCUUUGUUUGUUUCUGUUUUUUUUUUGUUAACUUAAUGAUAUAAUCAUUAAUACGAAAUAAAGAGUUGGUGUAACCGUACUUAAAAUAUAUAUGCCUAGUUGUUGAAAUUGGUUUUUGAUCCUCAUCAGUGUAUGACCAGUGUGUUAUGUAUAUGGACUGUAUGACCUGUAUCUGGUGGGGGAUAAAUCUAAUAUCGCCAAAUUCAUUCGGAACUCUUGGUUAAAACCGUC